AUGUCUGAAGAAGAAUCAAAUCAAAAGAAAGAGCAAAGUCAACCAGAGAAAGAAAAAAAUUGUUCAAUUGUGGAAAGAGUGGUACUCAAUAAAUCGGAGAAAGAAUUGCUAACGAAAGAGGAGUGGGCACAAAAAUGGCUCACAAUGGAGUUGUACGUCGAUCAACUUGAAGAAAGACUUUCAUCAAUGGAAGCGGAUAUAGUCAGUUUAAAAACUUCUGAAGAAAGAUGUAAGCAACAGAAUGCCGAGGCACUUCAGAGGGAAAAAAUAUUAAUGAGAAGAGUUGCGAAUAAAGAUCAAGAAAUUCAAGAUUAUGUGAAUCAAAUAGCAGAAUUAAAAGCUGGACAAGCUCCUGGAGCGGCAGCUCUCAGGUCAGCUCUUCUAGAUCCUGCAGUCAAUCUUUUACUACAUAGGCUAAGGCAAGAAAUAACUAGUUUAAAAACUCGGCUAGAAGAAACACAAAAUGAACUUAGUGCAUGGAAAUUUACACCGGAUAGUAAUACAGGAAAAAGGCUCAUGGCUAAGUGUAGGUUAUUAUAUCAAGAAAAUGAAGAGUUGGGAAGGGUGGUUUCCAGUGGUCGUUUAGCUAAAUUGGAGGGUGAUUUAGCAUUGCAAAAAAGUUUUAGCGAAGAAGUCAAAAAGUCUCAAUCAGAAUUAGAUGAAUUUUUGCAAGAUCUUGACGAAGAUGUAGAAGGAAUGCAAAGUACCAUUUACGUUUUACAACAGGAAUUGAGAAAAUCAAAGGAAGCGUUGAUGGAAUUGCAACAAAGGAAAGAAUUAUCAUCAUCGGGAAAUAGUAGUAACGAAUCUUUCAUAAAAGGCGGUGAUGAAAGUAACAACGGGACGGAAAGUGCCGAGUUUCGGACAAGAAACGAAUCGGAGAGAUUAACAAAUGGUAAUCAUAGUGUUUUGUGCAGUAGUCGAACUACAAAUCAAUCGAAUAAAGUGUUAGACUCACCAAAACCGGACUCGGAAAAAAAGAUUAGAACUACUACUAACAACCACGAGGAAGGUCAAAACGAAUUAACGAGUGAAUUAAAAAAAUUAGAUGAGGCUACCAACUUUGGGGAUGGUAGUAGGAUAGACAAUGAUGUGAAUAGUGUCAGAAAGAGGACGUUUGACGAAAGCAGCAACGAAAGUGAUAACAUUCAUCUCGUGAAGAAAAGCAGACGAAGCUCGGAAUUGUCAUUGGAUUACAAUGAAGAUGAACUGUGUUUAAUGAAUGGACUGUAA